AUGGGAGCCCUACACUACAGGCCCCACACAGAGCACAGCACUCAUUAUGUUUGUGCAGAAAACAGCAGUUCUUCUGUCCCCGAGGGCGCUCUGUGUCCGAGGGCGCUCUGUGUCCGAGGGCGCUCUGUGUCCGAGGGCGCUCUGUGUCCGAGGGCGCUCUGUGUCCGAAGGCGCUCUGUGUCCGAGGGCGCUCUGUCCCCGAGGGCGCUCUGUGUCCGAGGGCGCUCUGUCCCCGAGGGCGCUCUGUGUCCGAAGGCGCUCUGUGUCCGAAGGCGCUCUGUGUCCGAGGGCGCUCUGUGUCCGAGGGCGCUCUGUCCCCGAGGGCGCUCUGUGUCUGAGGGCGCUCUGUGUCCGAGGGCGCUCUGUCCCCGAGGGCGCUCUGUGUCCGAGGGCGCUCUGUCCCCGAGGGCGCUCUGUGUCUGA